UAUUUAUAUAAACUGAAUUGAGGGGCUUGGAAUCCUGGCAACCUUGUCGAUAGCCACCACAAGUCAUUCGGUUCGAAAGCCACGAUCCAAUCCAAUCCAAUCGGAACUUUUCCCUCUUUUUUUUUUAUAGCUGUUUCGCGGAGUUUUUUUUAGGGAGGCCUUGUAGGUACUACAACGGGUUUGCUAUCAAGAGGAGCAGCGACAUGGAAAUGGAAGAUGGCAAAAAGUUUGGGGUGUUCCAUUUUCUUAAGGAUGACUCUGUCGCUGUUGUCCAUGCAAACUGGGUGAAAGGCUCCGUUUGUUUUUGGCCCAAUAAGACAACAAGCAAGAAACUUAAAGCAUUGACCAUGGAAGGCAAGCUACCAGAGCUAGGCUGGACGGAGUUACCGUUCACUUCUCUUGGAUGGUAUGACAGUUACGAGAAGGCAAGACUGAAACUUCCCAUUGCUGAAGAGGCGUCCGACCUACGUAGUGACGUAGAAUUAGGGCGUGGAAAAAGAAAAAAGACUAGGAAGCUAGUGUCUAGCGAUUCUGAAGUUGAAAUCCAAGAAGGCUACAUUCCUCCUAAACCACCCACACCACCCUGCCUUGGAGAAAGAUCUGACCAAGCAAAGAAAAGUGAGUAGUUUGAAGACAUUGCGUUCUAUUUU